GCUUUGCACCUGGAAUUAGGAAUGCAGUGGCACGUAUUGUUAUCGUUAGUAGUAUAACUCAUCUCUUUUGUGUGUGUGCGCGUGUGUGUUGGCCAAACCCACAGUAACUAAACAUACUCCGUCUGCAAUCAAUGAAUGCACAAAACUCCUGGGAUUUAUUGCAAUCUCUCGUGAAUGAUUUCCACGGAACCUUUAUAUUUUCUUGCACUGGGUUACAAGAAAAAGAAAAAAAAAAAACAGAAGAAGAAGAAGAAGGAGAAGAAGGAGAAGAAGAAAGAAAAGGCAGUUGCUUCACAGAGGCGUUAAGCUUUCCUGUUUACCGCAAGGCCAGGGCGGGCUUGGCUGCCCACACCACGCGGCGCCCUCGGACCCUAAGCACACCUGUUCCUAGAGAGUUAUUAAUAGAGCCCAAAGAAUGACUUACUCUGUCAAAUGAUUUUCGUGCAAAUCUAAUGCCUUGCAUGACAAUUAGGAGGUGGUUCUCUGUUCUUUUAGCUGGGGGGUGGUGUGCGUCUCCACCCACAUAUUGGCGGUUGGGUCUCUUCCGAGGAGAGACCAAGAGCUGGUGGUGAACCCGCUGCUGAGAGGGCGAAUGCUUCAGAGAACCUCCAAGCUGGAAACCUGGAGGGGCUGCUGUUUCCGAGGCCCUCUCCAGCCAAGGAAAAGCUACACAAAAAGCCUGGAACUCUCUGACCGAACCAACCCCCGGGACCGCAGCAAGUGUUCGGCCUCGCCCUCUAGCGUCCUUCUGGAGAAGCGCCACCCCCGGAUUCCUGGAGACCCGGCGCACCAUGGGGUCCACCAGCCUCCCGCUGGUGAAGACCCACCGCAGUUAUGUCUCCGACUAUGUCAACUAUGACAUUAUCGUCCGGCAUUAUAACUACACGGGAAAACUGAAUAUCAGCGCGGAGGAGAAUGGCAUUAAACUGAGCUCCGUCAUGUUCAUUCUCAUCUGCUGCUUAAUCAUCCUAGAGAACAUCUUUGUCUUGCUGACCAUUUGGAAAACCAAGAAGUUCCACCGACCCAUGUACUAUUUUAUUGGCAACCUGGCCCUCUCAGACCUGUUGGCGGGAGUGGCCUACACAGCCAACCUGCUCUUGUCUGGGGCCACCACCUACAGGCUCACCCCCGCCCAGUGGUUUCUGCGCGAAGGGAGUAUGUUCGUGGCCUUGUCUGCCUCGGUGUUCAGCCUCCUAGCCAUCGCCAUCGAGCGCUAUAUCACAAUGCUGAAAAUGAAGCUCCACAAUGGGAGCAACAGCUUCCGCUCCUUCCUGCUGAUCAGUGCCUGUUGGGUCAUCUCCCUCAUCCUGGGUGGCCUGCCCAUCAUGGGCUGGAACUGCAUCAACAUGCUGUCCAGCUGCUCCACUGUCCUUCCGCUCUACCACAAGCACUAUAUCCUAUUCUGCACCACCGUCUUCACCCUGCUUCUGCUCGCCAUCGUCAUCCUGUACUGCAGGAUCUACUCCUUGGUCAGGACUCGGAGCCGCCGGCUGACCUUCCGCAAGAACAUUUCGAAGGCCAGCCGCAGCUCCGAGAAGUCGCUGGCGCUGCUCAAGACCGUGAUUAUCGUCCUGAGUGUCUUCAUCGCCUGCUGGGCGCCCCUCUUCAUCCUGCUCUUGCUGGACGUGGGCUGCAAGGUGAAGACCUGCGACAUCCUCUUCAGAGCGGAGUACUUCCUGGUGCUGGCGGUGCUCAACUCCGGCACCAACCCCAUCAUUUAUACUCUGACCAACAAGGAGAUGCGCCGGGCCUUCAUCCGGAUCCUGUCCUGCUGCAAAUGCCCCAGCGGAGACUCUGCCGGCAAAUUCAAGCGACCCAUCAUUGCCGGCAUGGAAUUCAGCCGCAGUAAGUCAGACAACUCGUCCCACCCCCAGAAGGACGAUGGGGACAACCCAGAGACCAUUAUGUCCUCUGGAAAUGUCAACUCUUCUUCCUAAAACUGAAAGCUGCCAGCCCAUGGGGAGAGUUCUUGCAUGGUCACCCCACCACCCAGUGUUUGGAGAAAAAAAAAAAAAAAUCUGUGUGCCUCCACCACCGCCUAGGAGGAGCUGCUGGGAGCCAGACGGAGGGGGGGAAGGGGCAGAGUAAGCGCGGCCUGGUGGUGCCGGGGUGUUGGUGGUUUAGUUCCUGUGUACAAUGCACUGGGAAGGGUGGAGAUCAGGUCCUCGCCUGGAAUCUGUUUCCUACCCCCCGCCCUGGAGCUUUGAUUUUGCACUGAGCCAAAGGUCUAGCAUUGUCAGGCUCCUGGAGGGUUCAUCUGGCCCCUCCUCUAAGACAAACGCCCCAGUGUGAAAGCAUCUGUGGAGAGCUUGGAGGAGACGUUUUCUCUCACCUUAGUUUCCAACCCGAGUGAGCUUGUGCACUUCUGUGUCUCUGGGUGUGCUCUGCAUAUCCCACCCUCCCUUCCCCUUCACACCCCUCCUCUAAAAUUCUGUUACUUUAUAUUUGAACUACCUGGCGUUCAUCAGAGCUGGGGGUGUGGCACGGUCCAUUUCUUGAUCGUCGGUAGCAGGUAGGCUGUGUUCAGGAGGCAAACCGGGAGGAAUGGAGAUGGUCUGGAGAUGUAAAGCAACUCUAUUUGCUGAGGCCAAAGUUGCCACGUAAACUGGAUCAGUUUUUGGAAUUUGGCUAAAGUCACUUUGAUUUUUUUUUCUUUUAACGACUUUACAGUGAAAUAUGUUACAGCAUCGUUAUGCAUUGUGGCAGGAAGUCUGCGUAAGUCCAGUUUAUGUAAAUGAAAUCAACCGGGACCCUUUGUGUGGUAGGAGAAUCAAACAAGCAAAAUGAGGUGAAAACUGACGGGGGUGUGGCUUUGUAAACCAAGAGAGAUUUCUUAAUGAAUUUGUCUAACAAAUCCAACAUCUGUCUUUGGCACUUUCGUGGACGUUUAUUUCAGAGCGUUGUGUGAAUUAUCCAACCAACGGGAUGGUUGUGUUUUGUUGUGUUAAAAAGUACUUUCCGUGAUUUUUGAAUGUAUUUGUUUCAGCAUUUUAUUGGACUUUUCUAACCUGUGUUAACACCGUUGAACGUGUAUUUCCUAAGAAAAUACAACCCUCUUGUGCCAUUAAAGCAUUACUUUAACUGAUAGGGAAUACCAGAAGGUUUUCAAUAGAGCUGUUCAUUAAAUAGUCAAUUAAAGAUGUGUAUAAAUGUUACAAAAAAAUAAAAAUAUAUUGCUGUCUCUUUAGUAAGGUUUUCAGUGCAAUUAAACCGAGAAAUGUCUUUUAAAAAAUAGUAUUUAAUAGGUUUCUGACUUUUGUGGAUCAUUUUGCACAUAGCUUUAUCAACUUUUAAACAUUAAUAAACUGAUUUUUUUAAAGAU